AUGAUAAGUUUAACUAGACAGGACUCAAUUGGUUCGAAUGUUCGCUUCAAGGAUCAAAAUCUUAUUCGAAAUUCCUUCUCGAAUUUCGAGCAAAUACGCCGUAAAGGAAAAUUGUGCGAUGCUGACCAUCAAAAGUUUUCCGCUCACAAAAUUGUUCUUGCUGCCACAAUUCCAUUUUUCGAUGCCAUGUUUUUGAGUGGAAUGUGUGAAGCAACAAAACGUGAAAUCACUAUUCAGGGCAUUGAUCCAGCUGUAUUGGAAGCUUUUAUCACAUUUGCAUAUACGGGUGAAAUUCAAAUUACUCCAGGGAAUGUUCAAGCCACUCUCAUUGGUGCCAGUUUUCUUCACAUUGACAGUGUUCGCCACUAUUGUUGUCGAUAUAUUGAAGACAGAUUGAACCUCGAAAAUAUCCUCCAGGUCCGUAGUUUCGCUUCAAGUUUUCUCUGCUCAGGUCUUGUUGGCGCUUGUGAUCGCAUCAUUCAUGAGAAUUUUGAACAUCUUGCCACUUCCCCAGCUUUCUACGAAGCUCUUUCUGGUCCAGAGUUUUGCAGAAUUCUUGAAAGUGAUGACCUUCAAGUGAGUAGUGAAGAACGCGUCUUUUAUUCAAUUAUCGGAUGGUGUGAGCACACGUCUCCUUCCGCAGCAUCAGGGAGUUCAGAACUUAGUCGUUCUCUCCAGUCCCUCCAAUUCACCACUCCCACCUCUUCAUCCCAAAUGGCCUUAUCCCUCUCUGAAAAGUCUAGUCUAUCAACUUCUUCACGUCUCAGAUUUCUACCUGAAUUGCUCUCCCGUGUUCGCCUACCACUUCUUUCCGCUCAAUUCAUUCGUGAUGUAGUCUCGAAGAAUCCGCACAUUCGAGCCGAUAUGGCAUGCCGGGAUCUUCUAGAUGAAGCUCGUGAUUUGCUCCUCUUACCAGACUCUGCCACCACCUCAAAAUGCUCGUUUGUCUGUCGACCUAGACGUGGCCAGGAAGUGAUUGGAGUGAUCUAUGUUGUCGGAGGAGGAGUCGCUAAUACCAAUUCUACGGCUCAAGCGGUAUCCCCUAAUAUCGCUAAUGGGGCCCCUGUUGAGGUGACUGCAGGACAAGGGGGCGAAUUACAAAGCUUUGUAGAAGCAUAUAACCCUCUUGUAGAUCGAUGGGAAGUUGUGGAAAGCAUGUCAUCGGAAAGGAGUCGGUAUGCUGUUGUCGCACUUAAAGGUUGUCUUUAUGCUAUUGGUGGAUUGGAUGGCUACACUCGUCUCAACACUGUGGAGAAAUUCGAUCCUAAAACGGGAGUUUGGGAACGUGUUGCCUCAAUGAAUUAUCGUCGAAGUGCUCUAGGAGCUUCUGUGCUUAAUGGGAGGAUCUAUGUUUGUGGGGGCUAUGAUGGUGUUUCCUCCCUUCGCACCUGUGAGGUUUAUAAUCCUGAACAAAAUCGCUGGCAAGUGAUACCCAGUAUGACGGAGUGUCGUUCAGCUGGGGGUGUAGUGGCUUUGGAGGAUGGUCGACUCUUUGCGAUUGGCGGACACAAUGGAUUGCCAAUCUUUGCUUCUGUGGAAUGUUAUCAUCGGAGGGGCCACCACAUGCCUCCUAGUACCUCCUCAAAUCCUAAUGCAACUCCUUUUACACCUGGUAUUCGUCGUGUUUGGCGACAGGUAGCUCCUAUGCUGCAUAGUCGUUGUCGACAUGGAGUUGCUGUACUCCGUGGUAGAAUCUUCGCUGCUGGUGGUUAUAAUGGAUGCCAUUUCCUCAGAUCUGUAGAGAUGUACGACCCAACUUCAUCUGCACUGGUAUCCAUGAACGGAGAGCCGGGUCUAGGUCAAUGGACAGAGGUCGCCUCCUUAUCCACGCCGAGGUCACGUGUUGCUUUGGCUGCAUCCGGCGGACGAUUGUAUGCCAUCGCGCAAUCCUAA